AAAAAUGAGUGAUGCCGAAUGUGGCCAACCUGUUACCGUUGUUGGAUUCCUCCUAAAAAUUGAACAAAAUUUUUAAUUGCUAUACUGCCCCUCUUUUUAGCUUCGCACUUUCACAAUAUCCUGUAUUUAUUCAUUUUUUUCUUCACUCUCUUCCUGCCCGACCGAUCGAUUUCCUCCGCCUAGGGUUUUUCCGCAUUCCGAUUUUCCAUUCCAACUUUUCUCCUCCCCAUCCACAACUGCAAUUGCAAUAGGGUUUUCGUUUCCUUCUGUGGUAAUUGCAACUCUCUCGAUUCAAUUUUGCAUUUAGGGUUCCGAGUCUUACUCUGAAGGCCGUCGAUUCGUGCUGGAAUUCUAGAUUUACGGAACCGCAGGGAUAGGGUUCUUCCAUUUUGUCAUUUUCCCCCUGGAGGAAAAGAGGGAGGGGUCAACGAAUUGUUGGUGGUGAGUUGUGGGCUGAGCCUACAACCGUUACUAUAAACUGGAGCUAUCGCAAUGUUGGGUGUGAAUCGCUGCGGCUUUAAUUUCUGUAGCCGUUUUCUCCACCUGGCCGAAUGGCAUCCAUUAGAAUAGUAAUGUUAAACGGGGCUUGAGGCCCUUCUCUUCCUCUCAUAUCAGCAAUUUGCAGGGUCAGCAGAGACAAUUUAGUAAUUAGGAUAUUGGCUUUCGCCGUUUGAGGUGAGUUACUGCUGUGAUGGGAGAUUAUAAGAGAUUUUCAUUUUCCAAAAUGAUUGGCUGCUGUGGUUGCUUCGGAUUUGUGAAAAAACCUAGACGGCGUCGGGCGAAGCGUAGCAUCAACAAUUUUCUCUCCCAUGGCCUAUUAUAUGAUGGAGAAACUGAAGGUGAUGAGUCGUUUAGUGGUGAUGUUACUAGUAACGCCACCAGUGGAGAUGAUAACGAGGCGCAUGCUGUACGGAAUCGUUCGGAGGAUAUUUUGAACUUUAGAGCUGAGAAUGGCAUGGUUUGUAGGCCACAUCCUGUCAAGGAGACUUUUGAACUUGUUCGCUCAGAGGAUGAAUAUGGGAACAAGAUGAUAAAUGAAUACAUCCGAGAGUACAAAAUUGGUUCUGGAAGCUAUGCCAAAGUGGCUCUUUAUCGAAGUUGCUUUGACGGAAAUCACUAUGCAAUUAAGUCCUUUCACAAGUCUCAUUUACAAAAGCUUCGCGUUGCACCCUUUGAGACUGCCAUGACUGAUGUUCUAAGGGAGGUACUGAUUAUGAAAAUGGUGGAACAUCCUAAUAUAGUCAAUCUCAUUGAAGUUAUUGAUGACCCAGAGUCAGAUGACUUCUACAUGGUACUUGAAUAUGUGGAAGGCAAAUGGGUCUGUGAGGGUACAGGUCGUCCUUGUGCAUUAGGUGAAGAGACCGCUAGGAAAUACUUGCGUGAUAUAGUCUCGGGAUUAACAUAUCUCCAUGCUCACAAUAUAGUGCAUGGGGAUAUAAAACCUGAUAAUCUGUUGAUCACUCGUCAUGGCAAAGUAAAGAUAGUGGAUUUCAGUGUCAGCCAGGCUUUUGAGGAUGGCAAUGAUGAACUUCGUCGAUCACCUGGCACCCCUGUUUUCACUGCACCAGAAUGUUGUUUAGGUCUUACUUAUCAUGGUAAAGCUUCUGACACGUGGGCCGUAGGAGUUACUUUGUACUGUAUGAUAUUGGGUGAAUACCCAUUUCUUGGAGAUACACUUCAAGAUACAUAUGACAAAAUAGUCAAUGAUCCUUUAGUUCUGCCAGAUGACAUUAAUCCCCAGUUAAAGAACUUAAUAGAAGGAUUACUGUGCAAAGACCCAGAAAAAAGGAUGACAUUGGGCGAUGUUGCGGAGCAUGUCUGGGUUAUUGGAAAUGAUGGGCCGCUUCCUGGGUACUUAUGUUGGUGCAAACGCAAGAGCCUGUUGGCUGCUGAUUUUGAUGCGAGCAAUAUACCACCAUUGCUUGAUCCACAUUGAUUGUAAGUUGGGCUUCUUAUGUACAGUGUGGAAAGGCCCAUUAAUUUAUCUGCUACUUGGACCCCACGGAGGGAGGGAUGAUAUGAUUAAAAGGGGUCUCCAAAGAAUCCUUGGAAUUUAAGCAAAUACAGGUCAUGUUGUCGACGAUAAGUAGCCAACUAAAUCAUGUUUAUUUUUGUGUUAUGAAAAGAAGCAUUUGGUGUCUGCGGACAUAGAGGUCUUGUAUACGGCUCUUUCGCAUAGAACGAGUUUUUUUAUUUUUUUCUUUUUUGUCUCAAACACGUGCCGAAUUGUGUUCAGUUCAUAUUCUAUACAUCAUAUAUAAUAUAUAAUAUUACAUUC